AUGGAACCAGUUUAGUAGGCUGUCAGCAGUUGAUACAUUGUAUUUAAAAAAUGGAAAAUAAUAUGCGGAGAAAAUGUUUCGAGUAUCUAUUAUUUUAUAAAGAAAUGUUGCCAAUGUCGUCACACCGCAUAAUUUAGAAAUUUUUUUCCUGCAUUUAAUAAGUUUAUAAUUUUUUAAAACAAAAGCAUUUUAACUGCUGACAGCUAACUAAAUCGAUUGAACAUAUUUAAAAAAGCUGAAACCCCAAAAGUUAAUAAACACCCCGAACCGAAUUUAGUGCGCAGUAACAAUUUUCUUAGCCUUGUCUUCGUUUUAUCGAAUCUUUAAUUGUUAUCAUUGUUUAUCAUUAACAAUAAUAAACAGAUUAGAUUAAAUAAUAAUAAACAAUUUAAAAACAAAUUAUGACGUUGCAUUUGAAUAUUAUUACGUUUUUGUUUUUUAAAACAGCUUUUGCACACGAAACAGCGCUAACAUACAGGGUUCGUGUGCUUUUAUUAGCAUUAACAUUAGCAUUAGUGUAGUGUGCCUCUUCCAGCGUAAUUGUAUGACUAAUGCACACUUCACUACUCAGCUUAUAAUUUUAAGAAUUAAUUUUCUAAAGUAGUAGUGAGCUGGACAAUGUUUAACACUAAACAUAUCUAUAAAAUCACAAACAUUCGAAGCAAAAUCAUCAGUCAGUACUAAACGUUGCUUAAACAACAACAUCUGAAGUUUAUUUCUCUUGUAACAAAACUUAAAAACAAACUAUCAAACAAAAUGCCUUGCCCCUGUGGAUCUGGUUGCAAAUGCACUUCUCAAACCCAAACUGGCAAAUGCAGUUGCGGCACCUCAUGCAAAUGCGGAUCCUGCAAGUAAAAUGAUUAGCUGUUGUCGCAGAUUGUAUUUAUUUAAGAUUUUAGUUUAACAAUUCUUUGUACAUAUCAAAUGCAUUAAAUUAAUUUAAGGAAAAUCUAUUUAUUUGGCUUUAAUAUUUUCUUGUCAAAAAAAAAAUGAAAUAAGUAAAAAAAACAUUAAAAACUAA